ACCUACAAAACGGCAGGCGCUAAGUACUGCGGCAGUGCAGUCAGACGUCGAGCUGGACGUGACACUGGAACUAGAAUCCUGAGGUGUUCAGACGUAGUCACAGACGUAACAUGGCAGUCACAGGCGGCCCGAGGAACGCGCUAGGACUGGGGACCAGAGUGCUGGUGGUGCUGUGUGUUUUGGGGGCGUACCACGGCGUGACAGGUGAAACUGUUCGGGCGUGCGAACAUCAAUGGCUAAUAAUCACAUGUGCUGAAGGAGGAACUAUCGAUGUUUCAUACGCGAACUAUGGCCGGACGUCGUCCACACACUGCACGGAUGGUCCUCGCGUUACAGAUACCGACUGUAUAUCCGACACUAGUGAGAAUCUGGUGUCCCAACUUUGCAGUGGACUCACCACAUGUUCCAUACGAGCGUCUAACUCAGUAUUCGGCGACCCUUGUGUCGGUACCUACAAAUACCUGGAGGUGGUGUACAGCUGUGCCAGCACUGGUGCUGUCACAACACAGCAGAUGACAGCAGUAACCAGAGAUACACAGGGAUAUUGUCCAGAGCACGUGUAUGAGACGGAGGAUAUGCGGCUGGUUUUCCCCCGUACGGAAGGUGGAGGUUUCAACUACUCCGUGGAGCGCUGUCCCUCCUCCUCAGAGAAGCCCCAGGCCUCCCGUUUCUGCCGAAUCAGCACGGCUGGAACUCCGGUGUGGGACGGAACUGCGGUGUGGGACCCUCCUGUCCUCCUGACGUGUGACGUCAGCUUACGGAACCUGUCUCAGACCGCAGUAGCGACCCCUGAAGCAGCCCUAGCGGUGGCCACGGAACUGCAGUUCAUCACCUCACAAGUUGACACCCUCUCCUCUGAUGACGUCACCAUCAUCAGCAGGCUGAUAGAAAAAAUCGUCAACGCAAGCCAAACGGAGCAGAUUGGAGAUUCUCUCAUGACAACAAUAGACAACUUGAUGAAUGCGGAUUCAGAAGUGCUGAUGCAAAGUCAACAAGAGAGAGGACCAUCUAGAGUUGUCCAGGCGUUGGAGACCUUUUCAGAUUUGGUGACACUGGUAGGAGAAAAGUACACCUCCGUGCGGCCAGGAGUGGCACUGCAGGCAGUCGACAUUAGUUUAGAGGAUCUAGACAAAGGCCAAGGAUUUGCCUUUUUCCCGACUGGACAUGAUUCCGGCAGCCUGACAGAGGGCAGCGUGUCAGGCUUCAGUGUUGACGGUGUGAGAGACCCUCUCCAGACCGCCGACAUCUCUCUCACUCUGCCCGCUAACAUCUCAAGCAUAAUGCAGAUCAACAGCACGGCAGAUGUCCGACUGAGUUAUACCCUGUACAACGACAGCAGUCUGUUCGUCCAGCCUUCCCAGGGUGCUGUGGGAAGUCGAAUCAUCGGCAGCAGAAUCGCGGGCUUGUCGAUAAAGAACCUGUCGCAGCCGGUUACCAUCUCUGUCAGACCUAUAGAGGACUUCUCUCCUGAAGAUCUUGGGAGGUUCCGCUGUGUGUUCUGGGAUUUCGAAGCCGAGGCAGGACAUGGGGCGUGGUCAUCAGAUGGAUGUGUGAACCAAGGAGAGGAAAAUGGCACCUACACGUGUACCUUCAACCACCUCACCAACUUUGCCGUCUUCUUUGAUCUGAAAGGAGGGUUUGGGGCUCACGAAAGACUGCUAGAGAUCAUCACUACUGUCGGCUGCGUCGUGUCCAUUACUGGCCUGGUCCUCACACUACUGUCCUUCAUCGUCACCAUGCAUGACGCUCCAUGGAGGAGAGUUGCGUCACAAGCGUCGAGCUCACAACAUACGGACGAAUCCAAAACAAGGCAAAGGACAGUCAAGAGCCACAAAACAAAGAAGUAUAAUCGCCGGAUUGUCGGAGCUCACGCAAAGAACCAGCGCCUCGUUCUCAUCAACCUAUGCGUGGCCCUGUUGGCAAUCAUCAUCAUCUUCCUAGCUGGCAUCAAACAGACGACUUCUCCCAUUGGCUGCACCAUCGUGGCGGCGUUAUUACACUACUUCCUAUUGGCUGCCCUGAUUUGGAUGGCGAUGGAGGCUGUGAACAUCUACCUGGCGGCUGUCAUGGUUUUCGAUCAUUACGUCACCAGGAACUUCAUAUAUAAGGCUGCUGCAGUGGCAUGGGGCUUCCCCCUUCUCAUUACCAUAUGCACCGCGGCUCCGUCAAGUCUCUACGACUAUAGGAACGACAAGUACUGUUGGUUGGCACAGGUUCCUCUACAGUACGCGUUCCUGCUCCCAGCCGGCCUCAUCCUCACGUUCAACAUAGCGGUGUUCUCCAUCGUCAUGUACAGACUCAUCAGCAGGGAGAAAAAACAGAAAAAGUUAACAGGUGGUCAGAAGAACGAGGCAGACCACCAGUGGGUGACCCGGCAGUUACGGCGAGCCUUCAGCAUCAUGGUCCUGUUCGGUCUCACCUGGGUCUUCGGCUUCUUCUUCGUCAUAGACAACAACACCGCCCGAACUGUCUUCGCCUAUCUCUUCUGUAUCUGUAACACCCUCCAGGGCCUCUUCAUCUUCAUCUUCCACUGUGUCAUGAGGGAAGACGUGCAGAAGUGGAGAAGGGAGUUCUUUUGUAAGAAGAAGAAGAAGAAUCACUAUGAAGUCAACAGGAGCACGUUUUCAUCGUCUGUUGCGCGAACUCCACAGAGAAUAAGCCUCAACGUUGGGGCCUAUGUUGUGCCGCCUGCCAGUAAAGCGUAGUUAUUGUAGAACGUAGUUACAACUUAGUGUCUUAAACCUCCUUGGCGUUUGUCAUGAAAUAUAUCUAUUUGCACCAGGACAAUGUUUUUUGAACGAUUUUAUUCUUCAAAGCCCUUAAAUCAUAUACAUGAACAUACAAUGUAACUGAAGAUUAGACAUAAGUUUGACACAAGUUCAGAAAAAUUAGGAAUACAUCAUCUUUCCUUUACAUUCUAGCCAGGAAAUAAAUAUUGCGUAUUUAGCAACAGUUAUAAUCAUUAAUAACAAUGUGUGUUUCAUUUUUCCAAAAGUUGUCUAAUCUACGAUACUUGCUAGUGAACAUCAAAGCCCUUAUAUCAUAUACAUAUCAUACAUGAACAUACGUACAAUGUAACUGAAGAUCAAACAUAAAUUUGACACUAGUUUAGAAAAAUUAGGAAUACAUAGUCGUUCUUUCUAUCAUCGUCUUUCCAUUCUAACCAAGAAAUAAAUAUUGCGUAUUUAGCAACAGUUAUGAGCACCAGGACAAUGUUAGGUAAAGCCACAGUUUAGAUGAAAUGAUGCUGUAGUCCUUUAUGUUUAUGGUACUAGUUAUGAUUGACAAAAUGAACGUGUCUAGCAUGUAUACAUGUAUAUGUACAAGUAAUUUUGAUAGCUGUCACCUCUGCACAAAUAUGAUAGCAAUUACUUAUAUUUUGGCACCCUGCAUGUAAGAAUCGAAAACUGCCAAUCUCUGCAGUUUUGCCAGUUUCUUACACCUUCUUCUGAAACUGGACAAUGUAACGAAGUUACCUCCUAAAGGCAAAUGUGUCAGUUUCUAUAGUAAUUUGCUGAAACAAAACAACCUUCGUAAUCUCCGAAGUGCUAGUAGAAAAGUGUCCCAAAAAUGCUAAUUAUAACACCACUGACUUGGACACCAGUGAUGUUGGAUUCUUAUACAUGCUUGAAGAUUACGGAUACGGUCUCCAUUAAGUAGAUGUUAGGGUGAGGUCAUGAUUCUGCAUGUUUUAUGAAGUCUUACAUGUAAUACGCGGAGAAGCUUGGACCUGUUUGAGAAAUCGUUCCCUGGUUUUGAUUUAACCCUUUUUUAAACAUUUUUAAAAAUCGGGACGAUUUACCCUCAUUAGAUUCUGUCUGCAAUACCGAUUCCGGUCGCAGCCUGAGAAGUGGCUAUUUGCCAAAUUUCCGUCUAUUCGGAAAUGGUCGCAAAUGGUCAUUUCCACUUUGUUUUCAAUAAUGGCAAUAAUUAAAAUCAACGGUGAUGACAUUCAACAUAUUUCAGUAAUUGGAUAAUCGGAUAUAAGGUCGCAAAAUGUACGUUUCCUUCGCAGGUUAUUAAUAGCAGUUGUUGAGUGUAUCCUGGAAAUUGUCACUUUCUGAAGGACUACCGCAUCCAAAUUCCAUUCCUGUUUUGUAAAUAAAGAAGUUAUUGAGCUAAUGCAACAGCGUCUUUAUCCUUUUUGUCCAUCAGUAUAUUCAGUUUUCCCAUUGUAAGGUGUGUAGAAUACUUCACUGCGUAGUGCAGUAUUUAGAAUACACUUUUUGAUACAGUAAUAAUUAAGAAAUAUUUUGGCAGCAAAAGAAAAAAAAACACUUUAAAGCUGUAUUUUUGCAGCACUAUUUUCUAAGAAUUAGAACAUAAAAAAAUGCAAGAAACACCAUGGCGCGUCAGCAUAUUGGAGACCAUAUUUCCUACCACAGGUCUUGCCUUUUUCGUAACAGUCCAUCUGUUUUGGGGGCCCUGGCGCUGAGGGUAAUAAAGGUUCAUUAGAAUAUAUCUAUCCUUGAUGCUGAUUGGUUUUCGAUAUGGUGACAUGUUGCGUUUUGCAACGCGCUUGAGCCGCUGACGCUGGUUGGUUCACGGCCAAUGACGUGAUAUUCAUCGUUGUUGAUUGGUUAAAAACAAUGAUGGCGUGUAUCUGUACGCCCAAAUAUGGGCAAACAAUUUGAAACCGCAAAGUCGGUCUACUUGUCACGAAAACAACUUAAGUUAUGAAGGG